UCCUUCGGGGCGGGCGCGGCCCGGACCCGUUUAACAUGUAGGAAUAAAAUUACCAUUUACGAUAUAAAUCAACAUCAUCUUCUUCCCGAGUAACAAAGCAAAAAUGGCGGGCAAGGAGAAGAACAAACACGUACUAGAAUUCUUGGAAUCUGGCAUUUACAGAUUUCCUGCUUCAUCUACAUUCUUCAUUGAUCCUGUUCGAACCCUAAAUCGCAACUACACUCAAUUUAGGGUUUCUCCUUCCUCUUAUUACCCUCGUUUCUUCACUGAAGAACAACAACAAAAUCACGAUGAAGGAGUUCAAGAAGAUAAAUGUAGCAGCAGAAAAAGAAAACGAAACCAGAAAAACAAGAAAAAACACCAAUGUUAUACUCUUAACGAGAAAGAAUUACUCGCCGAUCAACGACAUCAGGAAAUUAGGCCUUUAUUAGUCAAGGCACAUGAAGAAUUGCUGAAAGUUAAGGAGUUGUUAGAUGUAAUGUGUGAGCUUCAGUGUGAAGAUGAGGGAUGGGAACGUUGUGUUGAUUUAGAUUGUGGUGGAAUUAAAGAAGAAGAAGUGUCGUUUUUCGAGCUCGGAAAAGUUUGGCAAGCUCCUUUGUAUGAAAUUGCUCUUGAUUUUGCUCAAGCUAAUAAACAUGUUAUAGAAAAUGGAGGCUCCCCCGACACUCAGCAUGAUGAUCAAACUUUAUUCCCGUUAUUCAAUAACUUAGUCUCAAAUGAGACAGACAAUGAUAUGGUGGCGGAAUUCCAGACAAGUCUGUACAUUUUACCUAAAGACAGCUGCUUCUACAUGUCUGAACUGGAGCAGAUACACACCUUUGUUCCUGCUGACUCGGACUGUGGGUUUAAUUUUAUAAUGGUCGAUCCACCAUGGGAAAACAGAAGUGCCUAUCAGAAGUCAAAGUACCCUACUUUGCCAAACCGGCACUUUCUGUCACUUCCUAUUAAGCAACUUACGCAUACAAGUGGUGCGCUUGUAGCCUUAUGGGUGACAAACAGGGAGAAAUUGCGAAAAUUUGUUGAGGAUGAACUAUUUCCAGCAUGGGGAGUCAGAUAUGCAGCUACAUUAUAUUGGUUGAAGGUGAAAGCUAAUGGGUCUUUGAUCUGUGACCUCGACCUCUUUCAUCAUAGGCCGUAUGAAUGCCUUCUACUUGGAUACACUGGCAGUCAUGGAAUAGAGUCUGAGCUGCUAUCUGUAUCAAAUUUAAAAGAUCAAGUAGUGAUAACCAUUCCAGGGGACUACUCAAGAAAGCCCCCAGUUGAAGAGUUGCUCCUGGAGUAUGUGCCAGGAUCCAAACCUGCUCGUUGCCUUGAGCUGUUCGCCAGAGAAAUGAUGGGUGGAUGGACAUCUUGGGGAAAUGAACCUCUUCACUUUCAAGAAAAAAGAUAUUUUUCAAGGAAAAUAACAAAUGGAAAAUGUACAAACUAAAGAAAAAUCUUGUGUACUGUGUCAUGUUUGCUUGAGCAAAUUCAGAGGUGAUAUCUUUCUCAAGUCUUGGACACAAGUUAAAGUAAGAGCCUCAAGUAUUUAGAGUGGCUCCUCGUUGGUCAAUAUCGCGAAGAUGCAGCAUCCAAGGAGUAAGGGUGACAAGUAUCUCGGUAAUGGGUGAAGUUUUCUGCUCAAGAAAUAUCUGGUUUUGCGUAUCAGAUGCACGAGUAUGUCGCAGCUUCAGCUGCUAACUCCAAGUAUAAGAAGUGCACUCCGAGUCAAUUCAGAUUUUGGAGUUGUAAGACUUUUUUCGAGAUUUCGCUUCCUUUAGGAGUCUCUUAAGUAUUGAGUAAGUGGGUAGAUAUUAGAUUGUUCAAAAAUUAUCAGUCCAAUGAAAAAAGAUUGCUUUUUAACUCGUAGAAACAAAAUUUGAGUUCUAGCAUUCUAGCACGAGUUUUGUUGGUUUUAAUUUUCCAUGAAAUAUCAUCCAAUGCUCAAUUCAUGCUGA